CAGUACACACUCGGGUGGUCAUGUCAUCGUACUCUGAGGAAGAGGGUGCUGUGGAUGAUGUGCUUGUGGUGCAUGUGAUCAAGGCAGAGGGGCUGGCCAAACGGGAUCGUGGCAAGGGCAAGUCGGAUCCGUACGCUGCAGUCAGGUAUCGGAAGCAGGAGCUGAAGACAAGGGUGAUGAAGCGGACGCUCAACCCGGUGUGGGAUGAAGUGCUUGAGUUUGAACCUGAUGAUCACGGCGAUGUGAUCGAGGUUGAUCUGUGGGACGACGACAAGGUCGGCGAAGACUACCUCGGGCGGGUAGUCAUCGCGGAGCGGCUGAUUCCGCGCGGCGGCGUGCCCGAUGAGCAGUGGUUUGAUGUCCGCGACAAGCGCGGACGCAGAACGGAGGAGAACAAGGGCCGGCUGCUGCUCCGGUUUGGGUGGACGGUCGGCGGCGUCUUCCGCAGACCGUACUACGCAAACCGCGACAACUGGGACCCAGACUACCGGCUGGAGCGCGACCCGGCGUAUCGCGCCGAGUUUGACGCCGUCUACGAGGCUACCAUCAACGACGUUCUCCACAGCAUCCACGGCUCGCGCAUGCGCCGCGGCUAUCCUCUACGCGGCCUCCCGCCGUCGCACUCGACUCACAACCGCGAGUAUCCAGGCCCCUACGGCGGGUACUGGCCGGGCGAGGCCGGACCGUCGGCCUGAUUGUCUGGCUCUGAGUCCAGCGCAUGCGCAGAAGAGCUUGAGAUGUGGAGCCUGUCGCCACACUCGGCUCGCGCCGUUUCACGAUGCGGUCGCAACCGAGCUCGAGCACAAGAUGAGACCCUGGGAGACGGGGCGAGAGAAAUGAACAACAAACAAGUCGA